AUGGUGAUACUGGAUGUGUUAAUAAUAGGGGGUGGUCCCCAUGCCUUGACCCUGGCGAGCUUGCUAUCCAAUCCAGACCCUGACCCGAACUCAGACCCUGUAAAUGACUCGGCCCUCUCCCCGUCCUGCUCGGACCCUCCGAGGCCUCAGCCAAACCCGGGAACAUCCAACAACAGAUGCUGCGGUGGCAACAAGAAGUCGAGAGCAGCAACUGUCUCUGCAGGAAUGGCACUGGAGGAGCAAACAGGGAAGUCAAGGACAUCAGAGAGGGCCGUUUGUCCCCCGCUGUGUCUCCGAGUGGUAGAUUCCUAUGGAGAGUGGACUGCCUUGUGGGAGAGCCAGUUCACAGCCCUUAACAUCCCUCAUCUGCGCUCACACACACUAGUGCACACAGACCCUUUCAAUAAGAAAGCGCUGCAGGAGUUUGUUCUGAAGUGUGAUCGAUCAGCAGAGCUUCAUAGUCUUCCAGACCAGGUUUACAUUCUGGACGAAAAUGCAUUUUUCAAUGACAUGCGACUUGGCAAGAAGGAGAGGAAACGACUGAAUAUCACCUCUACACUUAAGAAGAGUUUAUCCUUCAGUCUGCCAGGAACCAAACUAAGUGUGGAUUUCUUUAAAGAUCAGGUGAAGAGAUACAACUUGGACAAAGUGCUGGUGAAGGGAACAGUGGAGCACAUCCUCCCCAUUAUUGAGCACAAGGUAGAGACAGAAGAAGAGAAUGGCUGUAAGACGGAGCGGGAAACAGAGAGUGAGGCCAUGAGAGUGAUUGAAAGGAAGGGAGAUGGAGCAAGGAAGAGAGUGAAGUAUUUUCAAGUCCAACUUCAAGAAGGCAUCAUCCUAAAAGCUCACCGGGUCGUUAUGGCAACAGGACCAACCCGUGCUCAGAUGGCAAACAUCCCUUCAUGGGUGAAAAGCAUUGGAGAGAGCUACCCGGAGGAGCGUUUGCAGCACACAGUGCACCUCAUGCAUCAUCUUUCAAAUUCUAAGCAAGAACUUAGAGAAACAGAGUAAUUGUGUGUAGUGUGUGAGACAGGGCAGAGAGUAAUGGUAGUUGGUGGAGGUCUGACCAGUGCUCAUGUCGUCUCACUUGCCCUGCAGCAAGGUGCCAGCCAUGUGAUAUGGGUCAUGAGGAAGCACCUCCAGUUAAAACAGUUUGAUGUGGGCGACGUGGAGAGCCUGGUGGGUCGUUACUCCCAUGUGGAGCACGGCAUCAAGAUGGAUGGUCAAGCCUACCUACGCCAGUUCUAUAAUGAACGGAGUCUUCACAAACGCCUGGCCAUGAUUCACCAGGCAAGGAAAGGCGGGGCCGUCACCCCAGAGGCGUACAUCCACCUACAGCCGUUCAUACUGAAUGGACAGGUGGACGUGAGGACAUACUGUGAGGUGAGUGAAGCCAGCUGGUGCUACAGGAGCCAGGCCUGGAGUCUUUCCCUCAGCACUGGGGACCACUGGACUGGAGAUAUGAUCUGGCUCGCCACCGGCUGCAAGCUUGAUGUGAGAGAGGACCAGUUGCUUUCUGAGGUGAUAAAGGAAUUCCCAAUUCAGGUGAUAGAUGGUUGGCCGUGCAUAUCAGAAAGCUUACAGUGGGCGGAGGGGUGCCCGCUCUACCUGAUGGGGCAGUACGCCGCGCUUCAGGUUGGACCUCAUGCAGUAAACCUGGCUGGUGGACGGGCUGCCGCCAUGCGUAUCGCCGAGGACAUCAUGCGCCGGGACAGUGGAGCUGCUUCUGAAAUGAGUGGGGGGAAAUCUAAAAAUGAAGAGUAUAUUCGACAGAUGCAAGGCCUACUAUGGCUUUAACUUUACCAUUUAGCCUGAAGAACUCGAGAUUCACGUGCGUGAGCAGUCAUCUAUUCCUGAUUAUCCUCGUCAAAUCUGUUUCGGAUAAACACGUAUUCAUCCUUAAGGGGCCCAUGCUGUGUUUUUUAAACAUUAAUUUCAGGUAUAAUCACAGAAAUGUACUGACACGGAUGGAAGGUUCUGUAUUUUGUGUGAUCCUCACCUGAACCGUUAGUCAUCAGUGUUUAGCAAAGAUGAUAUGCCAUUUAAAAAUGUAUAUA